AUGGCCGAAGCAGAGAACUACCUGGCACCCGAGUCCCAACGGACUCGCCGCCUCAGCUCCAUGUCGGCAACCCGCGCCGACCUCUUCUCGGGCCCUACCGUGCUAGUCCCUCCUAAACAUCUUAUGGCCAAAAGCGAUGCAUUCGAGACCGCCCAAUCCAUUGAACUCGCCAAAAGGCAUCUUGAAGAAUCCGCUUCGUCUUCCGAAGAGGCUACCCCGACUUCCGGGUCGCCAGUCCUAAAAGCUGUGCCGACACAAAACUCCGCAUCGUCGAUUACAGAUAAAUAUGCAUUUGCGUUCGAUAUUGAUGGUGUUUUGAUUCGUGGUGGACGAGUUAUCCCGGAAGCCAUUGAGGCUAUGAAGGUCCUCAACGGCGAAAAUGAAUUUGGAGUCAAAGUACCAUACAUCUUCGUCACCAACGGCGGCGGCAAAACAGAAGAAGAGCGCUGUCUCGACCUCAGCCGCCAACUCGAGCUCGAAGUCUCUCCUGGCCAAUUCAUCUGCGGUCACACACCCAUGCGUGAAAUGGCCGAAAAAUACAACACCGUCUUGGUGGUUGGCGGCGUAGGCGAGAAGUGCCGUGAAGUCGCCGAGGGUUACGGAUUCAAGGAUGUCGUCACACCAGGAGACAUCAUCAAGACUAAUGCUGAAACCACGCCAUUCCGCAAAUUGACCGAAGAAGAGUGGAACAAUUCCCGCGUCAGAGACUUUAACAAGAUCAAUAUCGAGGCUAUUUUUGUUUUCGCUGAUAGCCGCGAUUGGGCGGGUGAUCAACAGAUCAUUUUGGAUUUGUUGAUGUCCAAGAAUGGACGUAUUGGAACGAGGUCCGAAACCUUCCAGGAAGGUCCACCAAUCUACUUUUCGCACAACGACGUCGUCUGGUCCACCGCCCACGACUACACACGUAUCGGCAUGGGUGCACUCCGCGCUUCCCUAGAAGCGCUCUAUAAAGCCGUCACAGGCAAAGAACUCACAACCAUCGCAUUCGGCAAGCCUCAACUCGGCACAUUCGAGUUUGCAACCCGUCUGCUGAGACAAUGGCGCAAAGAUACUCACGGGAUCAACAAAGCGCCCGACACUGUAUACUUUGUCGGCGAUACACCAGAGUCAGACAUCCGUGGCACAAAUGAAUACAACGCACACACAGCCUCCGGAGACGCAGAAUGGUUUUCGAUUCUUGUGAAAACGGGCGUUUUUCAAGAAGGCACAAUCCCGCGCUAUCCACCCAACAAGAUCGCAACCAAUGUACUCGAGGCUGUCAAAUUCGGCAUGCAGCGCGAAUUCGCAAAAGCGGUCAAGGAGCAUGUCAUUUCUGAAGCUGACCAAGAUCAGAUUGUGGAUGAUGACUCGGAUGAGGCUGUCGUCUUGGAGUAA